AUGCCGAAUUUCCUACCAAACCACCGUCUCCUCGCGAGAGCGUUCCAACGCACACCCCAAACCACACGUCCUCUCGCAACCACACCCGCCCUCGGCAAAUGGACGGGCAGACCAGCAGAGGAACACGUAGCGCGCGAGCAGGAUUCGAAUAAUGUGCAGAUUGACGCUGUGAAGGAGGGGAAGCAGGAGAGGGCGAAGGGGUCGAGUGGGAAUACUAGAGCUGCGAAUGAGGGGAGUGGUGGCGAGAAUAAGAAGGCUAAGGAGGACUUUCCGGAGGCGCCUGAUACUAUUGGGAUGCAGGAUGAGAGGGGUGGGAAGGGGCGGUAG